UUUUGCUGUAUACGUGAGCUGAAGUUCCAGCGGAUUGAGCUAGCUUGGAGCAGGAACCAAGUCAACCAGCGUUGCUUCGCUUCGUCGUCGUUCGUCGUCGGUCGUAUCACCGUCGCCGGAAAGUACUCGGCGUCGGAUCUGGGCUAACAGAGCACACCCCAUCUGUUGGCCAUCAUCACCUAGCUACCCGGCGCCGGCGGCAUACCUCCAUAUCCCUCUAUCGACGGCACGAGCGAAUUCAGUUGAUUUUGGUUCCAAGAUGUCUAGCCUGACGACCAUAAGCAGCACCAGCAAGGAGUCGCUGGAGGCGGAGGAGCUCGUCGACACAAGGUUGUCGCUCGUGAUCGGUGCCGGGAGCCAACCGCCGCCGGCGCCAGUGGCAGCGGGUCAUGUGGCGGGAAAUACUGGAAGGAAGAAAGGGGAGAGGUGGAUAGGCGGCGGUAGUACAAGGCAGCAUGCCAAGAGGGCCAGGGCUGUGCACGGCGGCAGCGACGUCGACGAUGGCGACGACGGAGGGGACGCAGCCGGCCGCGCGAGGAAGAAGCUCCGGCUCACCGCGGAGCAGGCGGCGCUGCUGGAGAAAAGCUUCCGCUCCCACAACGUCCUCUCCCAUGGUGAGAAGCAGGAUCUUGCGGGGCAGCUUGGGUUGAAGCCGAGGCAGGUGGAGGUGUGGUUCCAGAACAGGAGGGCGCGCACCAAGCUCAAGCAGACGGAGCUCGACUGCGAGCUGCUGCGCCGGUGGUGCGAGCGGCUCAGCGACGACAACGCGCGGCUCCGGCGAGAGCUCGCCGAGACACACGCGGUCCUCCUCGUCGGCGGUGCACAGGGCUCGAGGCUCACGAGGUGUCCGUCCUGCAACAGGCUCGCCGGCGGCCGGAGGGCGGCCUAGAUUACCGCUGCCAUAGAACUUGUCAACUAGAAGUGCGCCGUCACGUAGCAUAAGCUAUAGCUAGCGUAGUGAAUUAUCUAGGCAUGACGCAGUCUCACAUGAGCCUAACGAGCUGACAAUA